UAAGGAACCAAGCAACAUCCUUGUGCUGACCACGGCCCCCCGCCGCCGCCGCCGACGCCGACGCCCGCACCCGGCGGCGACUCGCAAACCCGCGCACUUUUCACCAUCCGUUGCUGCGAAAUUCCGGUGGCAGUGAAUGAAUGUUGGCCGCUUCAUUCCGCGGCGGCAAUCGAGCUUCCCUCCCGAGCUCCUUCCCGAUCAAACGCCCUCGAGGCGCCGCGACCUGCAACCGCCCACCGCCUCCGACCCUCUCGAUGGCAGGCGGAGAGCCGCCGGCGGAGGCCGGCGAGGAGAGGGUCCACGUCCACUACGACCACGUCCUCCCUUCCAGACACGAGCGGUGGACGGCGAGGGAGAGCUUCGAGUUCAUGCACAACAGGCCCUGGCAAGAAGUUCGGGACUUCUACUCCGACGUCGUCGAUGGGCGGUCAUCGCUCUCCGAGCUGUUCGGGGCCGAGAGAUCUCUUGUUCAUGAUGCUACCGAAAUUCCAGAGGCUUGUGAGAAGUCUGGACUAGACAGUCUUCCAGGAGGAAAAAGGUCUGGCAGAUGGGAAAGAAGAACAUACAAGAUUGUCCUUACUUAUCAUGGUGGUUCUUUUGAUGGUUGGCAAAAGCAGCCUGGCUUAAACACUGUCCAGGGCUCAAUAGAAAGAUCUCUUGGGGAUUUUGUGGAUGAGAAGAAAGCUAAGCUCCUAAAGGACAAGUCCUUGCCAGUGGAGGGCUGUGCUUUGGUUGCUGGGCGUACCGAUAAGGGAGUAACAGCUUUGGGGCAAGUCUGUUCAUUCUAUACAUGGAGAAAGGAUGUUGAACCUCAACAUAUUGAACUUGCCAUUAAUACUGCAGCACCAGGGAGACUCAGGGCUAUAUCUGUUUCUGAGGUAUCACGUUCAUUCCAUCCCAAUUUCUCUGCAAAGUGGAGGCGUUAUUUGUAUAUAUUUCCUUUCAAUGAUGGAGAAAAUGGGGAGGCAAGGGAGGGGACUACAGAGCAUGUUGACAAAAUGAGUUCAAAAGCUAAUAGUGCAUGCAGAAGCAAUGGAUUUGGGAAUGAUAUUGAUAAUGAGGAUCUUCAGAGUUUAAUCUUAUCUGACAAGGAUGAGGAUUUUGAAGGUGGAAAUAAACAAGUGAGCUUUGAAGUUAGUCGGGUGAAUCAAUUUUUGCAGCUUCUAGAAGGGAAAUUAUUGUCAUACAAGAUGUUUGCUCGAGAUACUAAGGCCUCAAGAAAUAUUGGCCCACCAACAGAAUGUUUCCUGUAUCAUGCUCGUGCUGCUUUGGGCAGAUUAAAAGGCACGGAUUGCCAAGAAGGAAGAAAAGUUAUGUUCAUUGAGCUGGUUGCUAAUCGAUUCCUUCGGAAGAUGGUUCGGGUUCUUGUUGCGACAUCAAUAAGAGAAGCAGUGGCAGGUUCAGAGGAGGAUGUGUUGAUGAAGCUGAUGGAUUCAACAUGUAGACGGGCGACUGCUCCUCCAGCUCCUCCUGAUGGCCUGUGUCUCGUUGAUGUCGGGUAUACAGAUUUCAAUCCGAAAACUUGCCUCAUUAAGGGAUCUUGAACUUGAUAUCCAUGUUGGGUCAUUAAACAACCAAAUCAUUCUUGAUAUAGACAGGCAUUUUCGUAUUCCAUUUUCCUUGCAAUUCUGCGGUUGGGGACAGAUAUUUGUUAGUUUUGAUCCUAUCAAAUUCUCAUGCUUCAUAUGAUUGUCGACAAAGAGAACCACCAUCAGAGAAAUUGAUUUUUAGAUA